AUGAUCAUCGACGGCUGCGACUCGAUCACGCGGCGCGUCAAGUGGCAGCUGCUGCGCGAGUCCCACAUCAAGAUCCUGCACGAGACGUCGGCGAUCGAGCUGCUCCUCGACAUCCUCAAGCUCUGGAUGGAGGACAUCCCCGUCGCGCUCUGCGCCGUGCGGGCCACGGGGCGCAUCGUCAAGACGGGCAAGGAGGCGGACCGCGUCCUCGAGCUCGGCGGCCUCCUCCUCGCGGAGCAGUGCAAGAACCUGCACCCCGACGACCCGGACAUGGGCAAGGCCGCCAAGGACCUCAUGCGCACGCUGACGCUGCGGAGCGGGUCCCUCGCGCAGAAGGAGAUCCGCGUCUGCCGCUUCUGCGCCAUGAACAACGUCGACCUCGACGGCGCGAAGGAGCUCGCGCGGCUCGUGAACUCCGAGAAGCUCUCGGGCGAGACGAAGGUGAACCUCGUGAAGAAGAAGCCCGGCGCCAAGGUCGACAUCGCGACGCUCGUGCGCAAGGUGCUCAACCACAUGCGGGCCCACGUCAACGACCGGCGCGUGCAGGACGCGGGCCUCGAGGCGCUCAUGGAGCUCAGCAACGGCCACGACGACAACGGCGCGCUGCUCAAGGGCAACGCGGCGGAGAUCGUCGUCGAGGCCAUGUCGUCCCAGCCCGACUCCUACGCCGUCCAGUGGAAGGGCUGCGCCGUCGUCCAGUACAUGGCGACGCGCCUCGCGCUCUCCGCGGAGCUCGGCAAGUACGGCGUCGUCGCGGAGCUCAAGCGCGUCUACGACGACUACGAGAGCGACCGCGAGGUGCGCCAGCAGGCCGUCUGGGCCCUGGGGGCCAUCAGCAACGUGCCCGACAACGUGCUGCGCAUGCAGGAGAAGAAGGUCUACGCGUGCGUCUCCGACCUGUUGGCGAAGAUCGAGGACAAGAGCAUCCUGCCCGAGGACAAGGUCGCGCUGCCCAUCAGCCUCCGCGCGGUCUGGAGCGACGAGCAGCUCGGCAACUUCAUGCUCGCCGCCGUCGAGCAGCAGGCCGCGGAGGAGAAGGCGAAGAUCGCCGAGGCGAACAAGUACAGCUCCUACAAGAGCGCGUUCCCGCGGAGCAAGCGCGGCAAGUACAGCCGCGUCUCCGACGAGUUCACCAAGGGCGUCCCGGGCCUCGUCGACUAA